GGGAGGGCGUAACUUCGCUCUGGUCCCCAGCAGAGCAGGGACGGCAGCAAGACAACUUGGGAAACUUCUCCGGCGCGGACCACAGGGACGCGGGGCACCGGUGGGAGAGGAUGUAGGAGGGCGGUGGCUGGACCUCCUCGGCCACUUUUGGCCCGGCAUGGCGCUCCAGUGGCUCCAGCGGCUCCCGAGGGGCAGCCCCCUGGUCUAACCGAACCCGGGCAGCGCUCCUGCCGGCGGUGCGCGUGCAGGGGGAGCAGCGCCCCUCUGGCCAUGUCCGGCCCCGCCAUGGACCACGAGGAGCCCUACUCUGUGCAGGCCACGGCGGCCAUCGCGGCGGUCAUCACCUUCCUCAUCCUCUUCACCAUCUUCGGCAACGCCCUGGUCAUCUUGGCUGUGUUGACCAGUCGCUCUCUGCGCGCCCCACAGAACCUGUUCCUGGUGUCGCUGGCCGCGGCCGACAUCCUGGUGGCCACGCUUAUCAUCCCGUUCUCCCUGGCCAACGAGCUGCUGGGCUACUGGUACUUCCGGCGCACGUGGUGCGAGGUGUACCUGGCCCUGGACGUGCUCUUCUGUACCUCGUCCAUUGUGCACCUGUGCGCCAUCAGCCUGGACCGCUACUGGGCCGUGAGCCGCGCGCUCCAGUACAACUCCAAGCGCACCCCGCGCCGCAUCAAGUGCGUCAUCCUCACUGUAUGGCUCAUUGCAGCCGCCAUCUCACUGCCGCCCCUCAUUUACAAGGGCGACCAGGGCCCCCAGCCCCUCGGGCGCCCCCAGUGCAAGCUCAACCAAGAGGCCUGGUACAUCCUGUCCUCCAGCAUCGGCUCCUUUUUCGCACCCUGCCUCAUCAUGAUCCUCGUCUACCUGCGCAUCUACCUGAUUGCCAAACGUAGCAACCGCCGAGGGCCCAGGGCCAAGGGGGCCCCCAGGGAGGGUGAGCCCAAGCAGCCCCAUCCCCUCCCUGCAGGGCCUUCAGCCUUAGCCAAUCCACCAACACUGGCCUCUUCUCUGGCUGUUACUGGGGAGGCCAAUGGACACUCUGAGCCACCUGGGGAGAAGGAGAGGGAGACACCAGAAGAUCCUGGGACCCUGACAUUGCCACCCAGCUGGCCUGUCCUUCCCAACUCAGGCCAGGGCCAGAAGGAGGGUGUCUGUGGGGCAUCUCCGGAGGAGGAAGCUGAAGAGGAGGAGGAGGAGUGUGGCUCUCCGGCUGUCCCAGCCUCCCCUGCUUUGGCUUGCAGCCCACCACUGCAGCAGCCAAAGGGCUCUCGGGUGCUGGCCACCUUGCGUGGCCAGGUGCUCCUGGGCAGGGGUGUGGGUACUGCAGGUGGGCAAUGGUGGCGUCGGCGGGCACAGCUGACGCGGGAGAAGCGGUUCACCUUCGUGCUGGCCGUGGUCAUUGGCGUCUUUGUGCUCUGCUGGUUCCCGUUCUUCUUCAGCUACAGUCUGGGUGCCAUUUGCCCGCAGCACUGCAAGGUGCCUCAUGGCCUCUUCCAGUUCUUCUUCUGGAUUGGCUACUGCAACAGCUCGCUCAACCCCGUCAUCUACACCAUCUUCAACCAGGACUUCCGCCGAGCCUUUCGAAGGAUCCUGUGCCGCCAGUGGACCCAGAUGGCCCGGUGAGCCCACCUGCCUGCUGCCUGUGUGGGGUGCGUGCCAGGUGUCACCAGGGCCACCCUGGUUCUUGCCCUGCUUUAUGUGGCACCUUCCUGGGACUUUCUGGUCCUGCCCAGGUCCUGCAGGCCCCAUUUUGGGAGCCCCCUGGGAUGGACAAGGGCAGGGGUGCUGUUCACAGGGGUCCAUGUGAAGCCUCCUUCUUGCUGUCUCGGCUCUGGGGUGCCCUCUUCUCCACCCCUUGCCUGAGCACAGGCAGAGGGAUGACCCUCCUGAGUGUAGCCGAGGCCAGUCUAGAAUAGAGGCCCUCCCUCCCAGAAUCCCAGGCCCCUACAAGCCAAUGGAUGGGCCCCCCUUUCUCGAGCACCCUGUGUUCCCUGGCAGGUCACGUGCUUGUAGUGUUUUUGUGUCUUUCUCAUCUUUCCCUCAAAGAACAGGAAGCCCACCUUCCACUCUUCCCAGGAGAGCCUGCUGCCAAGGAGGAGGCAGAAAUGAAGAUUGUCCACCCACAUUGGGCACCCGUGGUUGCCACUGAGGGCUGGGGUGGGCUUUAUGGGCCGGCACUGUCUCUGGGGCCUUCUUUCCCCCCGCCCGCUGCUCCUUUAAAGGCCAGAGCCGUGGAUUGGUUUCCUGAUCCAGUGCCCCUCUGGGAGGUGGGCCAUUGCGUGGAGGCCUCGGGGGCGGUCUGGAGGCCUGGCCCCCACCUCAGUGGGAGAUCCCCGAUCACCGGCAGUCACCCCCUGCAAAAACCGGGGUGACAAUAGCUUGCCGCCCACUUGCCGCAGGGAGAUGAAAGACUUUACAGAGAGCUUUGAGCUCCGUGGGGGAACGCACUAGAGAACCAGCAAAUGUAUUAUCCAGUGAUGUAAAAGCCCCCUUCUCUGUGUUUACCACUCCUGUCUUCCUGUAGACUUUUGUUCUGUGCCUGGGGUGUGUGAAUUCCUACCCCAAACUGGAAGUGGGGUGUGGCCGACAGAAUCAUUACUUCAGUUAAAGGAUUUCUUUGUGCCUGCAGAGGCUCGUGUUAUUACACUGCAUGACAGGUUCUCGACAUUUCACCUAUACACCGACAGAGUUUUCAGUGGCUUGGGGCCCCCAAUGGAGGAAAAAAAGCCUUUUGUCAUCAGGCAGGCAAAUUGUUUCCCCAAGAUAGCUAAAAAUACCCAUGCCAUGGGAACAGUCUGAGAUGAGCCCCAGGCAGGGUCCUGGGGCUGGGGCAGUGAGCAAGAGCCCCGUGGACUCUUGGGGAACUUCCUCCCAGAGUGCUCGGGCUGUUCUCCAAGCCCCACAUGGAUCCCUGUGAAGCAUACUUAAUCCCACCCUGGGUGGGGCUGCAGGGGCCUCUCUCUCUUGAUUUCUCUUCCUCACCCCAGAACCUGGCUUCUGGGAUAACUGGGAGUAUGAGAAGGGUGUUUUUGUCUUCCCCACGGGAGUUCUUGGCUUCUGGGCUCAGGACCAUGGAGCAUCUUAGCUUGGGGAGGGGGUGUCAUGGAGUAGCACAGGCACCUUUGGGUCUCUGAUGGGUCUGGUCAGACUUGGAGGGGGGCUGAGGGAAUUUUCUGAGGUGAACCUAGCUAGCACCUAUAGAUAAGAGGCCAGGGCAUUGCUCUGAGGUGAGGCUGGGAGUGCUGGGCCCAGGGAAGGGGCUGAAUGGUGACAUCUGCCCCACCUCACUGGGUGUGAGCCCAGUGGGAUGCCUGGAAUUGCUGCCUGUGGCCCCCUGUUGUGAUAUGCAGGUGUUUUAAAAAGCUAUUUUAUCAAUAAAAGAUAUUUUGUAAUAAAAAAGCAGCGUUCUCGUCGCCUGUGAGCUUCCAGGAGGUAGUUAUUCCUCAGCUACUCGCAUAGCCCACCCUGGACGUGGGCCCCCUGAGAUGGGGCACCCUCCCAGGGCCAGUUCCCCUCUCCUCCCCCAGAUCUGGCUGGCCCGCCUUUAGCCCCUCAGCAUCCCCUCCACAUCAUUAGAAGUUUGUGGGGAUGAGCGUGGCCAGCGGAGCCUGAGACUGACUGCCUGAGAGUCCCAACCAGCCCUGCUGGCUGGCCAGGCACAGCACCUGGGGCCAGCAGAGGUGGUCAGAUACCACCACAUGGGUGGGCGGUGGGAGGAAGGUGGGCAGGCUAGGAAGGAAGGCCACUCUGCAUAAUGGUUUUAAGCUGCUGUUUUUCACUGAGGGGCAGGAGAGCCCAAAUGGAGCUGCUUUGCCUCAGGCUCUCAGUGCAAAAAGAUUCAGCCACAGACGUCAGAGCUGGAAGGCCUGCAGACGUCGUCUUCAACAGUCUCCUCUUAUUCCACAUGGGGCAGCUGAAGCCCAGACAGGAGAGGGGGCUGCCCAAAGCCACCUGUGAGCUGCAUUAAGGGGGAGCCUUCUGGGCUUCCUGUCCCAACCAGCUGCCUCCUGGCCCCUUCAGAGAGGGCAACUUUUGGGCUGGAACCAGGUUGGCCUGGUUCUGAGAGCCAGGGAGACGGAUAGCAGGCGGGUGUAGGGGGCAGGCUAUAGGAGGCCUGGGCAGGGCUGGCACCAGGGGCUGACCCAGGGAGGGAUGGGGCCUGGGAGGGGAGGGCAGAGGGAGGAGCAUGGCUCUAGGGUCUGAUGUGGGCACCACCCCCCUACCCCCACAUUGACCCAGGAGCCAAGAGUCCGCAUACCAUCUCCACAUUUAUUGGGGCCACGGCUUCUGCCAGGGGCAAGCAGAGACCCCAGUGUAGUCACACAGUCAGUGGAGACGUGGAUGCGGGGCUUCACUGAGGCCUUAACAAGAAGGACACGCCUUGCCCUGGGGUGCUCUCAGUGCCUCCCACCAGCCUGGGCGCCUACCUCCAAGCACAGAUCAGGAAUGGUUCAUUUGUUCCCACUCACUGAGCCAGCCCCUCUGUGGCACUCUGCUUAUUUAAUCUUUGAUUAGCUUGUUUAGUCUUCACACCCAUCGUACAAGGUAACAAUCAGCCCAUUUUUAUAACGGGAAACUGAGGCUCAGAAAGGUGUAAUGACUUGGCAGUUCUCUUGGCCUGGCACAUCUACCUUCUGGAGACCUGUCUAUUAUUUUUGAAGAUCUCUUUCUUAAGACAUUUUUGACAGAAGGGCAAUUGGGGUCCCUACAGAGAAGACAGUUAAAGAAGAGGUGGAGAAAGGAGGCUUAAGAAGUCCCCUACAGCUGCAUCUUCUCUGCAAGAAAGCUGGGUCCUCAGAUCACGAAUGACACCUCAAGAGUGCAUUUAUACCCAGCCCCUGCCUCCAGGGCAGCUGCUGAGAAAUUCAGGGUGUGGAGAAUUCUUUGACGCAUUGUUGCAGGAAGCAUUCUUUUUUUUUUAAUUUAUUGUGGAAGUUUAUAAAUCAAGCCAGUCAGUCUCUCAUACAAAAACUUAUACACACCUUGCUCUGUACCCCUAGCUGUCUCCCCCUAAUGAGAGAGCACUCUCCUCCUCUCUACCCUGUAUUCCCUGUGACCAUUCAGCCAGCUCCUGUCCCCCUCUGCCUUCUCAUCUCGCCUCCAGACAGGAGUUGCCCACAUAGUCUCAUGCGUCUACUUGAGCCAAGAAGCUCACUCCUCACCAGUAUCACUUUCUGUUUUAUAGUCCAGUCCAAUCCCUGCCUGAAGAGUUGGCUUUGGGAACGGUUCCAGUCUUGGGCUAACAGGAGGUCUGGGGACCAUGACCUCCGGGGUCCCUCCAGUCUCAGCCAAACCAUUAAGUCUGGUUUUUUUAAUGAGAAUUUGAGGUCUGCAUUCCACCGUUCUCCUGCUCCAUCAGGGGUUCUCUGUUGUGUUCCCUGUCAGAGCAGUCAUCGGUGGUAGCUGGGCACCAUCUAGUUCUUCUGGUCUCAGGCUCGUGGAAUCUCUGGUUUAUGUGGCCCUUUCUCAUAUUUAUCUUGUAUCUUUGGUGUUCUUCAUUCUCCUUUGCUCCCAGUGGAUUGAGACCAAUCAAUGCAUCUUAGAUGGCCUCUUGCUGGCAUUUAAAAACCCAGAUGUCACUCACCAAAGUGGGAUGCAGAAUGUUUUCUUAAUACAUUUUGUUAUGCCAAUUGACCUAGAUAUCCCCUGAAACCCUGGUCCCCAGACCCCCAUCCCUACUACUCUGGCCUUUGAAGUUUUUGAAUAUAUUCAGGAAACUUCUUAGCUUUUGGUUUAGUCCUGUUGUGCUGACCUCUCCUGUAUUGUGUGUUGUCUUUCCCUUCACCGAAAAUAUUUCUUGCCUACUAUCUAAUUAGUGAAUACCCCUCUCCCUCCCUCCCACUCUCAUAACCAUCAAAGAAUAUUUUCUCCUGUGUUUAAACUUUUUCUUGAGUUCUUUUAAUAGCGGUCUCAUACAAUAUUUGUCGUUUUGCAGCUGACUAAUUUUUUUUAA